AUGGGGGGCAAGACUGGAAACAAGGCUGGCUACUUCGACAAGCUCAAGGGCUUGCUCGAAGAGUACAGGUCCGUAUUCGUCGUCGCCAUCGACAAUGUCUCUUCUCAGCAGAUGCACGAGGUCCGACACUCUCUCCGCAAGGAUGCUGUCGUCUUGAUGGGCAAGAACACCAUGGUUCGCCGUGCCCUCAAGACCUUCAUCAACGACACCCCCGAGUAUGAGCGUCUCCUGCCCUUCGUCCGCGGAAACGUCGGCUUCGUCUUCACCAACGGUGACCUCAAGGACAUCCGUGACAAGCUCCUGGCCAACCGAGUCGCCGCUCCCGCUCGUGCUGGUGCCGUCGCCCCCGUCGAUGUGUACAUCCCCGCCGGAAACACUGGCAUGGAACCCGGCAAGACCUCCUUCUUCCAGGCCCUCGGUGUCCCUACCAAGAUUGCCCGUGGUACCAUUGAAAUCACCACGGACCUCAAGCUCAUCGAGUCCGGCAACAAGGUCGGUCCCUCCGAGGCCACCCUGCUCAACAUGAUGAACAUCUCUCCCUUCACCUACGGUCUGGGAAUCGAGCAGGUCUACGAUCAGGGCCAGGCCUUCCCCCCCGAGAUUCUCGACAUUGGCGAGGAGCAGCUCCUCGGCACCCUGUCCAAGGCCAUCACCACCAUUGCCACCAUCUCCCUGGCCGUCAACUUCCCCACCAUGCCCUCGGUCAUGCACUCCGUCGUCAACUCCUACAAGAACGUCCUUGCUGUUGCCGUCGAGACCGACUUCAGCUGGCCUGAGAUUGAGGAGCUCAAGGACCGCAUCGCCAACCCUGAUGCCUACGCUGCUGCUGCCCCUGCCGCUGCCGCUGCUUCUGGUGGUGCUGCCGCUGCUCCUGCUGAGGAGGAGAAGAAGGAUGAGUCUGAGGAGGAGGACGAGGAGGGCUUCGGCGGUCUCUUCGACUAA